AUGUCGACAGCUACCUCACACGACCACCACAACAGCCAACUUCUUCCGCCAAGCCCACCGCCAUCACCACCCUCUACACGUCGAAGACAGAGAAAAAGACACGACUCUUUCGAGAAGCUCGCCAAUACUCCAAUACCAUCUCCGCCGGGAUCUCCAACACAUGGACCUGUCGCAGACGAUGAAGAAGACUCAUCCCUCCGAAAGAUAAUCCUCACGCCCUUUCUCUUCAUCUCCUUCAUCCUCUCUCUUAGCUUCGUCAACCUUCGUGACCGAGCACAUCGCACAUACGCGCACUCCAACACAUCUCUCCUGACGUACCUAUACCCGUCGAGUUGGUGGGACGCAGAACCGUAUCAAGACCCUGACGACUCGAGAUGGGGCAUGAGAGGUGCCGCGUCCCACGUAGGGCCGGAUGACGCAAUAAGCCCAAGUCAAGGUGGACAGAGUGAAGGCGGGAAGAAGAAAAAGAAGACAUGGCAUCUGAAUAAGAAGAUCAGGAAAGUCGUGAAGCUAGAAGUUAGCGAUGCAUUUGAGAUGAGUGGGAAGGUUAUGUUAGGCAUGUGUGUGAUGUUGGUGGUGGGUUCGAUUGUGUUUUGGAUGGCGGCGAAGUGGAUGUUGGCAACCAUGACGGGCAUGUUGUCCUGA